ACAUAAGAUAGUUCGUGUGUGUUUCAAGUAUUCCGUUCCGUCAUUUCACUCCGUUUUGUCGAUCCGUUGUGAUCUUUCAUUCUAGAAAUCCUUUGAUAAAUUUCCGAUUCAACGAUUAUGGCUACUGAAGAGACUGUCGAUCAACCAGAUUUAUCUUGUGUGGAGGAGAGCCUAAUGAGUCUAGAGAAACUGGAUAGAGCAUCUCCUGAUUUAUGGCCUGAACAAACGAGCAAUGAAGUUCCAGGUGUGCAUGAGUUCGUUGCUCAAAAUUCACCGCAGACAGAGCCAUGUUUUUGGACUGCGAGUUUUUCAGCGGACGACAUAAGUCAAUUGCAUCAAUUGGGUAAUUUAACAAUGACCGGGCUUAUCUCGGAAGUGAAAAAACUGCACGAUUUAGCUUAUCAACUGGGUCUAGAAGAAGCUAAGGAAAUGACGCGUGGAAAAUAUUUGAAUAUAUUUAAACAUAAAUAAUAUUUCGUAGAUAAAAAAAUAAAACUCGUGAAAGUGCAAUACCAA